UCUGUUUAUUUAUUGUUCAAGCAUGCAAUACCAAGGGCAAGAGAGUGUAUAUAAUGCAAGCAUAUCACACAAAAGAAACGUGACAAUUACGUCCAAUGAAGUGCAAUAACCCUAUCAGGGCUUGCUAUCAGGGGAUACAUUCAGGGCAUGCUAUCAGGGCAUGCUAUCACAGAGCCUGACCGUAUUAUUGUAUAACAUGGCUGGAAGAGAGGAGUGAGAUUGAGCAGAAAGUGGAUUAUUGUGAAAAGGGAACAGUUCUAGUCACUUCUUAUUAUGAAAGUAUUCAUUUCCAGUCUGCCACGCUGAACUGAACGCCAUACUGAACAGGUUCUCUGCUGACUUGAAAGGCUGCACGAUUUUCGUGACUCUGUUCCCAUGUAACCACUGCACCCAGAUGAUCAUUCAGUCUGGAAUCCAUGAGGUUGUCUACUUGUCAGAUGAGAAAAAGGAAAAGGAUGAGGUGAAAGCAUCAAAGAUACUUCUGGAGAUGGCGGAUGUCAAAUACAGAGCAUAUGAAGGAAAGAUGGACCCAAUCAAGAUACAGUUUGCUCCAGGCUCCACUGAUAAUGUGGACCCAGUCCAGGAACAGCUUCUUCCAAGUUCCACUGAUGAUAGUGAUUACUGAAGUGUUGCGAGGUGAAUUUGUAUGUGAACUGCUGUCUCAGUCUUAGAUUCAUGGGCCACUCACUGAUCACAUUCUUCAAGUUUGUAAAAGCUGACUUUACUGAUUGUAACCAGACACAAACGUAGCAUCUUUUGCUUCAUCGUGCACAAAUUUUACUGAUUUCCAGCAUCCAUCCUCCCCGAGAAGGUGGUUAUCCUCCUAAUAUACUUUUU